AUGAACAACCUUCCUGAUUCACCGUCUUUUAACUCUCAUCCCUCAAAUGUUCGUUACUCCCCGCCUCUUCGUUUUGCCUCUCAAGGAGGUAAAAAAAGAAAGGCAGAUGAGCAGGAUGAUGGACGGUCCGGUAUGCACGACGACAACCGUUAUUCAGAAGAUAACCAAAUGAAUUCAACAAAUAAUCUUCCUCGUUCGCCCGGCGCCUCUCAACGCAUGAUCAGUAAGCGCCAACGCAGCGACGUUACCGGUCGACCUCUACCGCUCACCCGCCUGCUUGAAACGGUCGACUCUCACACCUUAAAAUCGAUGUUACAAACCAUUUGUGAUCGACACCCAGGGCUUACCACCGAGGUUUUAUCAUUGGCUCCACGGCCUACGGUAAACUCAGCUCUAUCGACUUUGAGUAAUUACGAAAGCACAAUGCGGUUAGCCUUUCCUUAUGGUGGCAACUCCGGAGCAGAUUAUGCAUUCAAUCGUGUCCGACCUGCACUUAAUGAGCUUCUCGACGCACUUUCCGACUACACUCCUCACUUUCUCCCUCCAAACGAAUCACAAGCCACUACAAGCUUGACGUUUUUGGAUGAAGCAACCCACAUCAUUCACCGCCUACCCAACUGGGACAAUCCGCUUCACAAUCAUUCGAAAAAUAUGGCCUACGAAGAGAUUACAAAGGCGUGGGUGUUGGUAGUACAAGAAGCAGCUAAGCGUGGAGCUGGAAUCCAAUUAGAAUAUGGUGGUUGGGGAGCAAAGCUUGCUAAACACGUCGAGCAGUCGCAAGGGAGGAUGCAAUCUGCUCUGGUACAUUUAAAGCAAGCCGUGGGACACGACGAUUACGGCAAAGAAACUAAUAAAUUCAGUGGAAGGAACUUCAAUAUGCAUUCUGCGGGUGUUCAAGUCCCUGUCCGUAGUUGGUAG